AUGGGCCCCUACACCCCUAAAGCAUGGGAGGAAACCGACAUCGACAUCAAAAUCACGCAUUGCAGUGUUUGCAGCUCUGACCUAAGUACUCUGCGCAGCAGCUGGGCACCGGCCGAGUAUCCCUGCUGCGUCGGACAUGAGAUCGUCGGUGUAGCUAUGCGUGUCGGGUCAGCGGUUACCAAUGGUAUUUCUGUAGGUGAUCGGGUAGCUGUUGGUCCGCAGAGUGACGCCUGUCUUGGUCGGCGAGGUGUAUGUCAGGAGUGUGCGAGUGGGAGGGAGAAUUACUGCCACAUUCACCUAACCGGAACCUACAAUGGUCGGUAUCUGAGUGGUGACAAGUCCUUCGGUGGAUUCGGACGGUACCAUCGCGCGCCGUCACAUUUUGUCUUCAGGGUUCCGGACGGGUUGCCAUCGGCACAUGCGGCGCCAAUGAUGUGUGCUGGUGUCACUACCUACUCUGCGUUGAAGAGGAACGGCUGUGGCCCAGGGAAGAAUGUGGGAAUCAUUGGCAUUGGAGGAUUGGGACACUUUGGGAUUCUGUGGGCGAAGGCACUCGGUGCAGAGAAGGUUGUGGCCAUUUCCCGCAGGUCGAAUAAACGAGAGGAUGCUAUUCGUCUGGGGGCGGACGAAUAUCUCGCUACGGAGGACGAUGCGGACUGGGCCGGAGCUCAUAAGAUGACGCUGGAUCUGCUUAUAUGUACAGUUUCUUCCUCACAGAUGCCAUUAGAAAGCUACCUCAGCUGCCUCCGCACCGACGGCUGUUUUGUCCAGAUCGGCUUACCAGAAGACAAAUUUCCUCCGUUCCGAGCAGGCCUACUGGCCUCACGCGCUGCGAAAGUCGCGGGCUCGUUCAUCGGUGCACCGCACGAGAUUCGAAAAAUGCUGCAGCUGGCGGUCGACAAGCGUGUAGUUCCGUGGGUGACCGAGCGGCCGAUGAAGGAGGCGAAUGCGGCUAUCGUUGAUAUGGCGCAAGGGAAGGCUCGAUAUCGAUAUGUCCUCGUCAAUGAGGAAAGCUGA